AUGAACAGCUUCAGUGGAGUAGCCAUUGAAGCUGGGAUUUGGCUUGGUGGAAAGAGCGACACUGUUCUAGUCGACCUCGGCUUCCAAGAUUUUGCACCCGCGGCGCCUUCCCUCCCCUCUCAAACUGCAUGGCGCGGCCUGAUCACCGUCUUCACUCCCACUGACUCUUCCCUUCUCACUUGUCCUUCCUGCUCCAUCCAAGUCCUCCUCCAAGAACACACAAUCCCCGGCAUCUUCCCCCCUUCCUACCUGCGCACGUUAGCCUUUGGCACGAAGAUCGAAACCCUAGCCUCCGGUCGGUGUAUCACAGUCACCUCCGCCAACAAUGCCUCCAAGGUCUUCGUCGACGGCGUGGAGAUCACUCAUCCGGAUCUCUUCAACGACGGCUUAACCGUAGUUCACGGCCUCCAAGGCUUCCUAUCUCUUCUCUCGUCGUACUCGUGCAGUGUCGAGAGAAUGAUUGGGAUCUCAUUCCUCCCUCAGCCGCCUAAUUCGACGGCAUCACUUAUCAUGCACCUCAUGCUAGAAGAAGCCAUACUUCGCCUCCGCAUCAGCGGUUACAGCGUCCUUGCCGUUGCUCUAAGAGUGAAGUACGCCGAACUCAUGGAGCUCAGAACAAUGACGGUGUUCGCGCUCAAUGACGUCGUGGUUUUCUCCGGCGAACACGAGUACGUCACCAACUUUCGCUUCCACGUCGUGCCGAAUAGGCUGUUAAUGGCCAACGAUCUGGAGCAUUUACAGGCAGGGACGCUGUUGCCGACGAUGGAUUUAGCCCAUGACCUAGUGGUGACGAACGCUGGAGGCGGAGGUCCGUUGGAUCCAAUGAGGAUCAACUACGUGAAGUUCACGAGCCCUGAUUUGAUGUACAACAUGAAAAUGGCGGUUCAUGGACUGUCCAUGCCCUUCCCGCAUUUGAAUCUUAUUGCUGCUAUUGGUAUGGCUCAGAGUGAGCGGUCAAGACAUGAAGCUCCGGGUUGGAAAAUGGCGGGAAAUGCUGGGAUAGGCUACUCAAUGGGCCCAUCAUACGGACUCGAAUGGACAGCCAAGAUUGAAGACGAUCACAGCCUCUAA